GCCUGGGACAUACGAACUUCACCCUGACAAACCAAUGGGCGGCUCCACUCGAGUAGCCCCUGGCUGCAUCCCGGAGAUCGGGGCGGGGCUAAAUGUGGGCGGAGUUAAACGUUUAGAGAACUCCUCAUAGUCUGACUGAAAACUAAACAUGAACAGGAACGGUUCCCUGCAAUCGUUCAUCUCCUCUUCAUCUAGGCCAUCACAGAAGCAUAACCUCUCCACUGCCCUCCGGCAAGCUUCCCUGUCCAUGGUGAUGACCUGGGGAAGGGAAAGGAAAAAGAGGAGAACCAAGGGCACUUUACUCGGAGGAGAUGCUCCCAGGCUACUGCAGCCACUUUUGCAGCCAAAUGAACAAUUAAUGUGUCUGCUCUGUCGCCGCCCCCGUCUCCACACACAACCACACACUCACACGCACGCACACACACGUCUGUCUUUCUAUCAUAGUGAGGACCCUUCAUUGACUUCCAUUCAUUUUUGUGAUUUCACCAUGCCUAACCCAUACCCCAACCCUAACCAUAACCAACGCUUAUCUUUUCCUAACCCUAACCUUAACUAAAACUUAAUUCACACUAUGCCUCUAACUGGUAUAGUAAGCUUCUGGUAUGCUUCUAAAAAAAGCGAGGACCAAAAAAUGUCCUCACUUUGUAGGGAAAAUGGUCAAAAUGGUCCUCAGUAUGUAGUAUGUACAAGAACACACACACACACCACACUGGUUGUAGUGACCAGGUUCCCCAUCAGUGGUUCUCCCACAUCUUGGUUUGUGCUUUGAUGCCUGUUUUUCUUUGUGAGAGUUUUUGAUCAUUCUUCUUGGAGUUCUAUAGCAAAAACUGUAAUGCUCUUGUGGCAAGGUGGAUAAACGAGGGCCCGGGCGGGAUUCGAUCUCCAGACUCCCGGGUGAGAGUCAUACACUCUAACCAGUCAGCCAAAGGGACAUCCCCUUGGUCAAGUAGCCAGGGCGCAUGAUCAAUCGGGACACUGUGACAGGACACACACUGUAACACUCUGUUUGAGAAAGUGAAUCUGUUGGGCUUGUACCUGGUACUCAGAGUACCACACUGCCAGAAAGGACAGGCUGAAAAUAAAAAGCUUUUUAUUUCCAUCAAUAUGUGUCUCCUUAUUCAAAUAAUCUGGGUUGUAACCAUCCUCUCAAUCCUUUUUCUGUUGUUCAUGCUCUUGUAAUCUGUUGUUUGUGUUCUGCAUUAUUACAGUAAACCUGUGGAAAUUAUAAAGUGGACCUGUGUUAUUUUAUAUGGAUAUAAACAUGAGUGUAGUUAAAUCUGUAUUUAACAUGUUUAACCUAUGAAUACCUUGAGAAACUAUUUUCAAACAUUAAUUUUGCAACAUUGUGAAAAUGAUCACUAUGGUAUUACAAAGAAUUAAGUUAUUUCAAGACAAAGUGGCAAACUAAGAAAUCUAACACAAAAGUAGAAAGUAAAAUUUUAGGUGAUGAGCCAAAUUGGCUUUUGUGCAAGAAUAUAUUACAUUUCAUAUGGGAAAACAUUCAUAGGACAUGUAGUGCAAAUUAAGAAUAUCUGCUGUAUCACAGUGACAUAUUUUCAGCUUUUAAAUGAAAAUAUAACCUAUUGUGUGGAGAAAAAACAAACAUGUAAUAGGUUACCUGAAGACUAAUCAGCCAGUGUUUACUGACAAUUUACAGUGGACAUUAUCAACAGAACAUCAAGAUAAUUCAAAUCAAUCGUCUCCACACAUACAAGCAUAAACACACUAAAUCAAAUUUAACACGCAUGUAAAAACACGAUUUGUAACAACGCAAAUUCAGUUUACAAUCGGGCUUAUUCGCUCGGUCAGCAAGUGGCAGUAUCCUCGUACACUGCGGAGUAAACUGCCAUUGAACGGAUCACAAGACGAAUAUAGCAUCUGCACAUGCGCGGUAGACCCGAUCUGUACGGUCCGACGUUUUCUUUUUUUUUCUUUUUAUCUACAUUAUAUUGAAAUGUUUCACUAUUGCAAACAUUUUAAUAGAUACUUAUUAUUUUUUAACGUCUUAACAGAUACUCUGACCCGUAACUAUCGUAAAAUGCUUCGAGCGGAAGUAGACGCCUGUCGCGCAUGCGUGGUACCGAUCACUUCUUACGCUGACGCUGGACGACCGUACAUCACGUGACGCGUGACAAAUUAAAGCAAAGAGCGCGUGACGUCAUCAAAGACAGCCGUCUUACCGACUGCACACAACUAGCACACACCACAGUUCGCAGCUAGCCGCUGAGAGAAGAGGAAUAAACAUGCCUUCUAAAAUAAAGGAAUUGGAGUCUAUCUUAAAAAAGAAAAACGAGGAAAUAGCGCUGAUGAAGGCGGCCCACAAUGAAGAAGUUAAAAAACUUAGAGGGGAUCUGAAAACGGCUGAGAAACUUUCUAAAUGCUCUAAUUUAACUUGGCAACGUACUUUAGACGAGAAAAAGAGUACAGAACAGAAACUGACUUUGAAAGUUGAAGAACUCACAAAGUCAUAUGAAGACAUAAAUCGUAAAUAUAAUCGCAUUUUAGGGUCGACCUUGUCGAAAUGGUCAAAGAAAGUCUCCGAUCCAGGAGAAGCUGAACGUAUGGUAGAAAUCCUGCAACAGAAAUUAGAGGAACAACAGCUUGUUGUAGACGAAAAACAGCUUGCUGAAGACAAACUCCUUUCUCAAAUUUCUACUCUCCAGGAGACAAUCAGAGCCAUGGAAAAUAAAUAUCAGACAUUGGAUAAUGCCUUCACGACAUUGAGAGAGACAAGCUCAUGUAAAGCAUUAGAGAGUUUGAAAGAGAGUUUAGACAAAUCUACUGGAUUAAAUGAGUGUUUUCGUCAGAGGACUGAGGAUCUGACACAGCAGGUAGAAGAAUUAUCAAAAGAAUUACAGGACUUAAAAUAUUCAGACAGAUUUAACACACCGCUUAGAGUUUGUGAACGUCAACUUGAAGAAGCCAAGCAGAAUAUAAUGAAAUUGGAACAAAGGAAUGAAGAAUUAAAGGUUCAGCUGGACCAGAAAAUCACCAAUUGUACCUCACAAUGCCAAGAAGAAAAGAGGUCAAAAGAAAAGAAAAUUCAAAUAAAUGACACCAAACUUAAGAACUUAACGACAAUUCUCAGUAAAACCCGCAAUAAAAAUAAACAGCUGAACGAGAAAGUCUUGACUGAACGACCUCUUAGAAAAAAAUAUGAGCUGGAAUUGUCUGAAAUGAAAAUAGAUUUGGACACAAGAGUGGACAGGUAUGAAAAAAUAAUUAUGCAAAUGACAGAAGUUAGGUUGAACCAGUCUAGAGACAUAGAAAAACUUCUUCGUGAACUGGAUUUUCUCAGAGGAACCAGAAACAAUCAUUCAACAGAACUCCAAACAAAAGAAAGGAAAAUUGCUAUCCUUGAGGACAAAUUAAUGACACAGAAUCCAAUGUUGGAAGAAUGCCAAAACAAGUUAGCUCAGGCUCAACGCACGGAGAAACAGCUGCGUAAUGAAAUAGCUAAACAGAAAGUGGCUUUAGAAGCAGCUGCCCAAAAGGAAAAGUAUUCAAGCACACACCGUGAGCUCCUGGAGGACUACCAGAAGUUACACAAGAAACAUACAGAAAUCCUGGGACAAGUGGAGCCUCUGAAAUUCGAGUUUCUGAAAAUGAAGCGAGAUCUGACCAGCUGUCAUAAAGUAAUAGAUAGCAGAGUCAAAUUUAAAUCAGCAUUUUUGGAUAUAAUGAGAAUGUAUGUAGACAGCAAAGAUGAAGAGUUGUCCAGGUUUCUAACGUGGUCUGAGGGCCACCAGAAUGAACUGGAGAACCACAAAAGAGAUGUGGAGAGCGUCAGAAACUCAUUUGAACAUAAAAUCAUUGAACUCAAAAAGCAGUUUGAAUUGACGAAAAUUAAAUUGCAAGUUGAACUGCAGAAAGAGUGCGCUGAUGUUAUAGUAGAAUUCGCUGAACUAAAGAAAGAGAAUGGAGAGCUGAAGAAUAAACUGGCUCAUAAAGAGUUUCAACUUGCAAGGGCAAGACGGUCAGCCAAGACCAAGCAAGGAUGAGUGAAUCAAGUAGAAAAGCUCAGGUGGAACAUAUUUAACAGUGUGGAAACGUCACAAAUCAGAAAGCUCAUUUUCUCUGCAUACACAUGACGGUUAAAUCACACUGUUGUGGCGAUAUUUACAGAGAGCAAACGCUUCACUCAGACUAUUACCAUAAACAGGGUUUUACGUUGUGACCGAAUGCCUAAGCGUUCAGAUAGGACACCCCGAGUUUGUUCUUAUUUUACGCCCAAACCGUUAGGGUAUGUUGCGUCCAAUUUAGUUUUUAGAAUGUUUGAUCAAGGUUGAAGUAGA